UUUUUCAAGUCAGUUGGAGUUGGGACAGUUGCAAAUAAUUUUCGAGACGCUUUCUUUGUUUUUAACUUAUUCCAAAAAAAAUAUUAAACUCUAUGAAUGUGCAAAAUUGUUAGUAAAUAGUAACGUACAGAGGAUUUUGUCUGAGAAGAAAAUGGACGAAUAUAAUAUUCUGAAAUUAAAAGAAAACGUUGGUGGUGUAAACAUUGCGAUCCGAGCGAAUGUCGGUUUGAAAAUAUCAACGAAAACCAUGGCAAAUGCACAUAUUAAUGACCCAAUUGUCAAAAUACGAAAGUCAUUAUCGGUUCGCAAAGAUAAAUUAGCCGAAAUUCUAAAUAGCAAAACGUUUCAACCAUUGUUUAUUGAUUCAAAUGGCACCAGCCCAUCAACAACAACGAUAGGGACGUCAUCAAACAUAUGUGACGAGCGAGGUGAUGAGAAUGUGCAACCACAGUCAAACAAUGAAGGAGGGACGCAUCGACCUUUAAACGGAAUGGAACAUUUAACUCCGCCGUCGAUCGUUAGUCAUAUCAGUGCAAUGAAUCCGAAAACUCCUCAAAAUCAUAAUCAUGUGUUGGCCCGUUUGCAGCGUGAUCUGGAUAGUCCAUCAGCAGCUACGAGACUACGGGCAAUGCGAGCAUUAAAAUCGCCAAUGAAUUGCCCAUACAAUCAAUUCGAUGUGCCACAUGAGGAACAAGACAUAAUUACAGAAGAGGAGCGUCAGGAGUACGUUCCGCAAACGAUUCAGGAUGUAAUGAAAGAUGUCAUUGUCUAUGUUGAGGUGCGAUUCGGAGACGAGAACCGUACGGCUAGUAUUAAGGAAGCAAUGGGCGAAAUCGGUGCAACAGUCAACGAUAAUUUCAAUAAGAAUACAACUCAUGUCAUAUUUAGUAAUGGCACGCAAUCAACGUAUAAUAAGGCGAAGCAAUUGAAUAUUCCGAUUGUAUCGAUUCUGUGGAUUGAAGCGUGCAAAAAGCAAUUGCGUUUGGUCGAUCCAUCAAAAUUUGCCAUCCACAACAUUGCACAGUACGAAAAUCCGGAGUUAUAUAAAAAAGUCAAGGUGAAAAAAUUUUUCCAGACGGAUAACGAGUUGAAAAUUAGAAAGAAGAAAGUCACACCACCGCCGAUGAAAUUUAAACCGAUUAAAGUACCGAAGAAAGCAAAGGACAACCUAACUAGCAUGAUGAAUGAAUUCCAUAAUCGUCAGAUCGUGAACUCGAAUGGAAUCAAUUACUUUUCGUCAGACUUUAACGUCGGGGACUUGUUUGACGAUAGUGAAGUCACUGAUGGAAAGGCAAAGCAAGUCAACUCAAAGCGUUCGUUAGUUUUCGACGACGAAGCUACCGUUUCACCACCAUUGCGGAAAACCGGCACCGACAAUAAGCAAUCAACUGAUUCGAAUGUUUCGCUAGUGAAAAGCCAAAAGUCACCGACAGUUUUCAAAACUCCCUUAAAUCGAAGAACAACCGUUGCACCAAGUGCAAGCGUUGAACAGACACCAAAUAGCUUGGUUCGAGUAACUCGACGAACGUCUAUGCUGGCACUUUCUUCACCAUCAAUUGAUCACGUGUCCGUUGAGAGGAAUCGUCAUGUGAUGCCAGAAGAAAUUACUGAAAUUACCAAUUGCAACGACAACCGAACAAAUAACCAUUCGGUGCCAAUGGAUAUAACGCCAAACGUUGCAUCGUCGACACGCAUAAUUUCGAGUAGGAAAACGAUGUUUUCAUCAAGUGCAAUGGAUUUAACGGAUGUGCAACCGACUGUUCAGUCAACGCGUAAAAGGAAUUCUAUUAUACCAGCGCGGUUCAAAGACUUUGAAGUGAACACCAAGAAAUAUGUCGGAAAGAAUUCACCGGAAAACUCUCAAUCUGAGAAAAGUAACCGAAGGCGAACAGUGUUUGCAUCAGGUGAUACAGUACCCAGUCAGUCAACUGUUGCAAUUUUUAAUGGAGCGAAAGAUGCUACGGAAACGCUCUCGAAUAGACGUCGCACAGUAAAUACUCUGAAGCAGUCGACCGGUGUUGAUGCGCCACCAUUGAAUUCAAUUCAUCAGCGCAAAGAUACAACGGCUAAUCAAAACAAUACGGUGUUCGCUCCGAACGACGCAUCCAGUCCGUUAAUCGUAAACAAAGAUGACGGACGUAAUAUAGCAAGCCUGAGGCGGACUUUAUUCAAAACAGUGCCCAGUCCAUUGGCUGCUACACCAACGGCUAGAGUCAACGAAACGAAACCAACGAAUUCCAAGCGAAGACGUACAUUACUGCCGCCGAGUGAUAUAACUUCCACUUCACUGGCUGUUACUCCAAGUCAAGAAAAAUCAAAUCCGAAUGUAUCGAAUCGGCGUCGAACCUGUUUUUCAACUAGUCAAAGUGCAAGCCAUCAGCCCUCUUCUGCCAGCAAAGACAAACAGAUUAACGGACUGACUACAGUUUUAACCCCACCAACUAAGACUGCUGAAUUGGAGCAUAGUCUAUCCAAAAAUUGCUUGACUCCACAAGCGCACACUUUAUUCGAAGAAUAUUCGAAGAGAUUGUCAUUCAGUUCAACAAACAAGCGGCACACUGAUCGCGACAUUUCGCUAUUUAUCAUAGAGCAAAGACUGAAGAAUCUAAACGAAAUAGCUCGCCUGAAUCGAUCAGUCAAUGAAUCUGAACCCAAUGUCGAUAACGUUGAAAGGCGAGUAGCCGACGGCGUAGCCAGAUCAUCGCCACAGUUGCAGAUUCCAGACGCGGCUGAAAGUGUUCCAGAUGUGCAACCACCGCCAUCGAAAAAGCGGAAACUAUUCAAUCCGACCGCCUACGAAGAACAAGUAGCCAUGCAAAGCAAUGAUCCUAGUGAUAAUAAUAAUAAGGCAACUGCAGACUCCGGCAACAAAUUGCCGACACAGACAACGAAAAUUCCAAGUUUGGCUCCGCAGAAAAAGACAACUGCAAAGCAACGACGAAGCACGAUGGACUUCAAAUCGGGACCACCGAAACCGGUCAAUGUUUAUGCCAGCAUAAUGAAAUCGAAUGCACCGCUAAACUAUUUGGCUUAUUCGAACAUGAAUCCGGAGCAGGUCACUGUUAUUAAUAAGGCCAUCGCAACGUUGGGCAAAUUUAAGGUCGAGUCUAAUGUCACAAAAAAAACCACGCAUUUGGUUACCUUCGACUCAAAGCGUACCCAGAAAUUCCUUCGUGCUAUCAUUCGUGGACUGUGGAUCAUAAAUUAUGACUGGGUUACUUCAUCGCUUGAAGCUGGAACUUGGUUAUACGAGGAACCAUUCGAGAAUCGUACGGUCUCUAGUGCAGUUUCUAUGUGUCGUGCUGAGAGUCAGGCAUUCGGCUCCAAGUAUAAAAUCGAAGUAUUUGGCCAUAUCGAACCGAUUUACAUUUCAUCGCAGUGUAGGUGUCCCGCUCUCAAAGAGUUGUACACAAUGUGCGGUGGACGAGUAACAAAUAGCCGACAGACGGCCAAGUAUAUUGUUACCGAUAAGUUUAAGGAUAAGGUGAGUCAACGUUGCGUACAUUCGGAUUGGAUAUUGGACAGUAUAGCUGCUGCUAAUUGCAAAACAUUGUCCAGUUACGUUUUGAAAUCGGUGCCGUAGAGUGGCCAGUGAAGGCUUUUUCAUUUUAAUGGAAUUAGUUAUAGUUAGGUGUUCACUUGAAAUUAAUUUUCUUUUUAUUAUUUGAUCUAUAGUAAUAUAAGCGCGUACUAACUGAAUUAUAAAAA